AUGCCCAUGACAACAGGCAUGUCAGCGACCUCGGCAAGCACAUCAGCGCCCGCACCGAUGUUGCAUUGGCCCCCUUCGACGACAAGGCAUACACCCAACACAGCCAAUUAUUACCCUUACGCCGGUGCACCCUGGCGAGCUUCAGCAGCCAGUCUCAACCUCGGCCAAGACAUGCCACAAGGCCCCGUGAGCCGGACGUGCAACAUCUGCUACACGGAGACGACGCUGGUGCGGACGGUGGAGCCGCAGCGCACGGAGAGCUUCCAGACGCGGUCCUGCGGCCACCGCUUCUGCACAGACUGCAUGCGCCAGUACAUCCAGACUAAGAUCAGCGAGGGGAUGCGCAUCAUCGUGUGCCCGCAGCCCGAGUGUCACACCAACCUGACCACGCGGGAUGUGGCGCGCCUUGCCCCCAGCGAGGAGCGGCGGUACAGGGAGUUGCUGACGACAGACUACCGCCAGCGCGCACGUGCUGACGGCGCUGCGCUUGGCGAUCUCACGCGCGAGUGCCCGACGUGCCAUGUCCUGGUGGCCAAGGACGGCGGCUGCAACGAGAUUGUGUGCACGUGCGGCACGCGCUUCUGCUACGUGUGCGGGGACGAGCGCCCGCGGUGCGCGUGUGCAGAGAACCGGCGCAUGGAGGCGCAGCUCCUGUUUGAGGACGUCCGCCGGCUGCGGGAGCAGCGGUCGCGGGCACAACACUCGCUGCAGCAGGCCCAGCGCGGGCAGCAGCGCGCAGAGGAGGUGCUCAAGCGCUUCCUGCGCGAGCACGGCGUCACAACGCACGAUCUCGCCAAGUACAAGGUGGCAACCGCGACCGCGGAGGUCAACAACAAUCGGAUGGCGCGGCGCGUGAGGGCGGUGCGGGACCGCUGGCGGAUGGGGCGCAGGCAGCACAGCCCGUCCGUGCUGGAGGACGUGGAGCGCCAGUGGGAGAUGGCCGAUGCGCUGCAAACGUGCCGGCAGCGGCUGCACGAGGCUUGGCGAUUGCAGAACACCGUCAUCACCGCCGAAGGCGACACACCGGCCCGUGAUGGUGGCAGUGGUGGUGGUGAUGGUGGUGCCACUCGCGUCAGCCAUGGCAACGACGACCGUGGUGUUGUGGAUGACGAUGACGGAGAUGAGGAUGGUACUGCUGUUGGCAGCCCGUCCCUUGGCCUCAAUCAGCAGCACAUGCAACCGUCCCUACAGCCACAGCGCUCCCCCACCGCCGCCGCCACGACCACGACCACGACCACGACCACGAUCGCGACUGCGGCGGCUGUGAGCGGUGCCGAUGCGUCGAGCGGACUGCCGGCGAAACGAAGCCGUGUACACCCGAGCGUGGCGCUGUUGGCUGCCAUCAAGGGUCGUGGCAAAGACAGCGACAAAUCCAACAGCAGCAGCAACAACGACAAUGGCUCUGGCGCCGGCAGCGGCGAUGAUGACAGCCGCCGUCGCAAGGAGGAGAGAAACGCCUUCUCUGGCAUGAACAGCAUGGACAAGGACGCGCCGCAGUCGCUCGUCAAGUUCCGUGUGUGGCUGCAGCACAAACAACGCCAACACCAGCGCAAACAACAACAACAGCAGCAGCAGCAGCAGCAGCAGCAAGCCGGUGGCGGCAAUAACGGCGCGUCGAGUGCAAGCGUGCCGGAUCCAAGCUCAGCGGCGGAGGUGGUGAAGCGUCUUGUUGGUUCUUGUCCGUGGCCAAAGCUGUCGGGCAGCAACCUCUACUCCUCAUCACCGCCACUGUCAGUUCCUGCUGCCGCUACCACGAGCGUCCACACGGGCAGGACCACCGCCACCACCGCCACCACGACCGAUAUGACUGAUGCGCAGCUGCGCGACCUGGUGCUGAUCCCCGCGUCUCUGAUGGACUGGAACAGCGUCUCCUCCAGCGCGCUGCUGCUUGCGCCGGCCACGUGGGCUGUUUGUCCGAAAACGGCUGCCCUUCUGGACGAGCUCUCCACGCUUCGCCGGCAGUACCUGACGCAAGAAAGCGUUGUGGUGCACGCCCGUCGCCGCCACGGCCGCCACCAGCGUCGCCGCCGCCGUCAGCGCCUCCCACAUCACUACAUACACGCAACGGACCCAAUGAUCCAUGUCGACGCUGUCGGGCUAGACGAGAUGCUUGGCGCGACACCUGGCGAUAGCGGCGGCGACGGCAGGCACGGCACGAUACAGCAGCAGCAAACGGCGGAUGAUCGGGCACAGGAGGCGCUUGUACGGAUGGAGCGCAUGCGUGAGCGGGAGGAGGAGAUACACGCGGAGUUGCAGUCCAUGAACCACGCGCUGUAUCCUGCAGAGCUGCUUGAGCCAGAGGCGCCCCUCAUCUUUGACGAGCACAUGGAGAUUAUCAUGCGGGUGGACACAGAGCGGCAGUGGUACCAGCGCCGCGUGCAUGCUCUCACGCGCGAGCUGGUGCAGGUGGAGACAGACCUGAUUGACAUGCUCGACAUGCACAUUGCUGAGCGUGAACGACUCCUGCAGCAACAAGAUGAACAGCAGCCGCAGGAGCAAAUGACACGGCAGCAGGAGCAGGAGCAGCGUCGGCAGCAUCGGGAGCAGCUGCGGUGGCGGCAUCGGGAACGGCGGCGAUUGGCGGGGUCGUUGCGACGACGGCACCAGCUGCAGGACGACGACCAGCUCUUGGAGAUGCAACAGACAUCGAUGGAGAUGAUGCAGUCGUUGCUUGAUUUCACCACACAGUCACCGUGGAUGGGCGAUCCACACAGGUACAUCUCAUCCGUGAUGGAUACCUUAGUUGACGACCAUAACCGCGAUAGCUCAACGUCGCCAGUUAUGCAGCUGCACAACCGCUUGCAACAAAGGGUCGAAGCUGUACGCAACAUCACACGAGCAGCAUCAACGCCAGCUGCCACAACCACAACAGCACCUGCCACAACACCGACGCCAGCUGCAACAACACCGACGCCAGCUGCCACAACACCGACGCCAGCUGCAACAACGGCAACUUCAACAACGACAGCAACAGCCGCAGCGCCAUUGGGCGAGCCAGCGGCCAGGGCUGCGCCUCCGUUGCCCUUGCGCUCUGCGCCACUUCCGAGGCACAUUCGCCAGCGUGCAUCGUUGGAGGCCGAAUCGGAUGUGUCGGGGCGGCGAGCAGCAGACCGCAGCGCACGCGAGCGGACAGACCUGCUGCAGGGCAUCCGUGACCGGUAUCGACGGGCAGUGCGGCACGCUCGGCACGAUUACGCGUUUGCUGGCGGUCUUGGCGGAUAUGGCCCGCGCCGCAACGAAGCCCGCCUGUCACUGGUGGAGGCGAGGCAGCUGCUGGCGACACUACGGCAGGAACGCGACAACAGGCACCUGGAAUGA